AUGGAGCCGCAAGCUGUAUAUGCGACUGACGAGUAUGGGAGACCGUUCAUCAUUGUUAGAGAACAGCAAAAGAAAACUCGAAGUCAUGGGGUCGAGGCAAUUAAGUCUCAUAUCCUUGCAGCUCGAACAGUUGCAAACAUCGUCCGGACGUCCCUAGGUCCCAGAGGCCUCGACAAAAUUCUGAUUUCACCAGACGGCGAAAUCACCGUGACAAACGAUGGUGCCACGAUCCUCGGUCAGAUGGAGGUUGACCACCAGAUUGCAAAGCUUCUCGUACAGCUCUCAAAAAGCCAGGACGAUGAGAUUGGUGAUGGCACGACCGGGGUCGUAGUGUUGGCUGGAGCAUUGCUCGAACAAAGCGAAGCCUUACUGGACCGAGGAAUCCACCCUACGCGAAUCGCUGACGGUUUUGAACGUGCAUGUGCUCUUGCUGUAAAACACUUAGACGGUAUUUCGGAUACUGUCGAGUUCUCGAAAACCAACACCUCAAACCUCCUAAAAACUGCCAUGACAAGUCUUGGGAGCAAAAUUGUUUCCAAAGAACAUGAACGCUUCGCUCAGAUCGCUGUAGAUGCCGUCCUUUCUGUCGCCGAUCUGGAUCGGAAAGAUGUCCUCUUCGACCUCAUCAAGGUUGAUGGGAAAGUUGGUGGUUCACUCGCUGACAUAGCGCUGAUCAAAGGCGUACUUAUUGAUAAGGACAUGUCCCACCCCGGCAUGCCGAGUACAGUUAAGGAUGCGCGCGUUGCGAUUCUUACAUGCCCGUUCGAGCCACCUCGUCCAAAGACGAAACAUAAGCUCGACAUCACGAGCGUCGAGGAGUUUAAGAAGUUGCGCGAAUACGAAAAGGAGAAAUUCUCGGACAUGAUUAAGCGAGUGAAAGAUACUGGUGCUAAUCUUGUCAUUUGUCAAUGGGGUUUCGACGAUGAGGCGAAUCAUUUGCUUAUGCAGAAUGAAUUGCCGGCUGUGAGAUGGGUUGGUGGACCCGAGAUUGAGCUCAUCGCCAUUGCUACAAACGGCCGAAUCGUACCUCGAUUUGAGGAUCUGACAUCAGAAAAACUUGGCAAGGCAGGGAUCGUACGUGAAAUUACCUUUGGCACCACGAAAGAUCGUAUGUUGGUCAUCGAGGAAUGUGCAAAUACUCGAGCGGUCACUGUCUUCGUGCGAGGUUCGAAUAAAAUGAUCAUCGAUGAAGCUAAACGGGCUCUACACGAUGCGAUUUGCGUGGUGCGAAACCUUGUUGUGGAUAACCGCGUAGUGUAUGGUGGCGGAGCGGCAGAAAUCAGCUGCUCGACAGCAGUUGCGAAAGCUGCGGACGAGAUCCCGUCCAUCGAACAAUAUGCAAUGCGUGCCUUCGCAUCUGCACUCGACGCCGUCCCACUGGCUCUCGCAGAAAACUCCGGUCUGUCUCCAAUCGAGACUCUCGCUGAAGUCCGUAGUCGGCAGGUCGCAGAAGGGAACCAACGUCUUGGGAUUGACUGUAUGGGUAAAGGCGACAAUGAUAUGAAACGACAGUUCGUAUACGAUCCACUUAUCUCGAAGAGGCAACAAUACCUCUUGGCUACUCAAUUGGCACGGGCUGUUCUCAAAAUAGACGAUGUAAUCACGGCCGGUCAAGAUUCGGAGUAAAUUAGAUUUGCUUAGAUUUAGGUUGAAAAUUAAUGUAAAAUCGAGUUUAUGCCGAUGCAGUUCAUGUUAACAU